UGUUCUUUCUUUCUUUUCAAUAAACAAACACACAAAGCCUCUUUUCUCCUCUGUAGCUGCCAACUUCACCUGAAACUUCCUUAAACUCAAUCAACCCCACAAAGCGCUUUACCUCACACUCUACAUUUGCAUGCGCCAAUUUCAAUACCAAAUUUCCAAUCCCAAUUCCAAUGGGUAAUAUCUGCGCUCGUCUCAAACCCAAGCCAUCGCCAACACCCUCUACAACGAAGAAGCGUUCCUCAAACGCUUCUCGCAGAGAGAAGAAGCUCGACGACGCCGCGAUUCGCGAACAGGCCAUAGCCGCUGCUAUUCUCUUCAAACAGCAUCAACAACAACAACAACUUCAACAACGAUUCGAUCGCUCCACUUCCCUUCGUUACCCCAAUGGGGUCUCCAAAAGGAACAACGCCUUGCCUCGUAGUUCAAGUUCCAGGGCAAGGUCCCUUACUGACCCUCUUCUCCAACCUCAUCAGCUUGUUAACCAGGGUAUAAAGGUUGAUGAUCUAGAGAUAAAUCAUAUUGUCCUUGUUCAUGGAGGUGGCUUUGGGGCUUGGUGUUGGUACAAAUCUAUAGCACUUCUAGAAGAAAGUGGUUAUAAGGUAGCUGCCAUAGAUUUAACUGGUUCUGGAGUGAGUUCAUUCGAUACAAACAGCAUUACAAGUCUGUCACAAUAUGUGAAGCCACUUACUGACUUCCUUGAAAAACUUCCUGAAGGUGAAAAGGUGAUCUUGGUUGGUCAUGAUUUUGGUGGGGCAUGUAUAUCAUAUGCAAUGGAGUUGUUUCCUCGUAAGAUUUCCAAGGCUAUCUUUAUUGCAGCAGCAAUGCUGACUAGUGGACAAAGUACUCUUGAUAUCAUUUCUCAACAGGCAGGUUCAAAUGAUCUUAUGCAACAGGCUCAGGUUUUUAUAUAUGCUAAUGGGAAUGAUCGCCCUCCCACAUCUUUUGAUCUGGACAAGUCAUUGUUGAGGGAUUUGUUAUUCAACCAAAGUCCCACCAAAGAUGUGGCAUUAGCAUCUGUCUCGAUGCGGCCUGUACCAUUUGCACCAGUUUUAGAGAAACUUUCCCUUUCAGACAUGAAAUAUGGAUCUGUAAGGCGGUUUUAUAUAGAAACUCUUGAAGACAAUGCCAUACCCAUUUCACUCCAGGAGAACAUGAUAAAUGCAAGCCCCCCAGAAAAGGUUUUCCGUUUAAAGAGUGCUGAUCAUUCUCCUUUUUUCUCAAAGCCUCAAGCUUUGCAUAAGUUAUUGGUAGAAAUCUCAAAGAUCAUCUGAAAACAUUCUUUACUUAAAUUGUUUGUGAAGCCCCACCCAUGGUUAAGCUUCACUGACAUGAAAUAGGAAUGUGCAGUUGCCUUAUUAUGGAAGAGUAUUAUUGUGUGCAAGUUACAGGUUUCACUCUUUCUCCUCUUCUUUUUUGGAGUUAAAUUUGGAAAACUAGCUUGUAUAAUCUGUAACUUGUAACUGGUUUUGCUUGCAACAUAAAUUCCGUUUUAUAUUGCAAGUAUUACCAUAGUAAAAAGUGACAAUAUCUGCUGAUCAAUGUUGCAAGUUACCCUCCUACACAAUUAAAAAAAAAAUAAAGAACUUUUACCUUGCCACUGAUUAGUAAGUCCAACGGCAACACCACGUUACACCGUAGUAAGAAAGCAUGGGAAGGCAGAGGCAUCGCAAGGAUGAAAAUGUCCUGGGCAUCAAAUGUGUUUACAUGCUUUUGAUGUUCCCUUGAUACUGCAGGUUGCUUACAUUAUUAGAAUCCUGGAGACUUUUUAGAGAUUUUUUUUCCAGGUAGUUUUCCCCAUUAUUUUUGCAUGUCACUCUAAAUAUAACAAGUAUUUUAUACCUUCAGCAAUGAGUGAAUAAAUUUAUUGUGCUUUAAAUAUUGCAAGAUAGCUGAGAUGCCCUAGUGCUUUGUUUGAUCUCUUAAUGAUUUAUGGUGAUUGGAGAUGUUGAUAUCUCGCAUGGGAGUGGUUGGAUUGAUUAAUAUCAUUAACAUUGAGGCUGGAAAAGUCGAUAAUAUAAUUAAAAAAUGGUCGUUAAAUCCAGUUGAGAACUGCAUUUUAUAGAUAAUGAUUUUACUGACCAUUGUCUUAAAAGAACAAUGAUUAAAGAAUUAAAAGUGAAAUUUCGUUGCAAAGUGUAACAAAUACUAUUGAAUAUCGAUAUAGACAUGAACUGAAAUUUGGUACUCCAUUCUUUUAGCCUGUCGUUUAAGAGUAUACUUAGAAAUAAAAUAGUAAUUUAAUGCUACUUUGGAAUUUGAAAAAGACAAGUAAACAGAUAUUAACAUGAUAAUUAAAUUAAUAUUAACGACUUGCAAUAAGAAUAAAUAUGUAGUAAAUUUUUUUUUAAAAAUAUAGUAUAUUAUAAUAUUUAAUACAGUACUAAUAUUAAAUGUUAUAAUUUUUAAUAACAAUGAUUUAUUAAUAUUUAUUGUGUUUUCUACUCUUGAGCAUAAGUUAAAAAAAUGGAAGAAGUAGAGAUAGUAGAUAAUACCUUAGAGAAGUUCAACAGCAUCCUGGGAUUUAUAAACGACAAUAAUGACUAGUAACUUAUUUUUUAAUAUUAUAAUUGCAGCUUUCUUCUGUUUUUAUUUUCUUGGUCCAGGAGUGGGGUAGGGAUUGGGCGUUUCAGCCUUCAAUCCAUUAGUAACAGUAGUAAGAAACAAAUUAGAUGUUAGGGGGGCACUUGAUUUGGGCUUUAGCCUAGUUGUAACUACAAAAACUGUCCUUUUCCGUAAAAGGAAAGAAAUGAAGCAAGUGGAAAAGAAGAGACCUUCACCCCAAAAAAAAAGGAAAGAGACAAUGGGUAAUCCAAUGUCUUUUGGUAUAUAUGCGUAGGUGUAUGAAGUUUUUUCCAACUCAGAAAAACAUUGAUGUGUUCAUAAAAAUGAAUGAACAACAACUUAAAGAUUUGAAAAGGUAAGCUAUUCUUUCAUAAUAAAAUCUCAAACCGAGUAAAUAUAUUUAAUGUCCUUCUCUAACACUUU